AUCCGAACCAAGCAAAUUGGCAGAACAAAUUAUGCGUAAAUAUCAAACUCUAGCUACUAAUAGUUUUUCUGUUUUGAUACUUAAUUACCACUAAUUAUGAGGCAAUCCAUUGUUAAGUAGACAGUAUGGAGGGCCUAAUUAAAGUAAGCAUGGGAUUGCACUUAUAAUUAUUUUCCGGCAAUCCAUCUACCUAACCGAUUUGGAUCCUAUCUUGGGACGAGGAGGCUUCCUAGUUGCAGAGGAAAACUUGUUGGCUUAAUUAACCUGCACGGGCAGGUUACUAAGCAGUACAAACGUAAUAUUCAUACAAAUUCACUUAUAUUAACGUGUAAUCUAUUUUCUCAGAUUAUCUACAAAUAAGGGGUGCCAAUUGUUUUGUUGUUACCUGAUUGUCAGAUUAUCUACAAAUCAUUCUAUUACAAUAAUUUAAAUUGUUGGAAGAUAUUUAAGAAUGGAUCUAAUGCCAUUGCGCGGAAAAAAAAAAUCAAUGAUUACAUUUAAAGUUCAGAUAUAUCCAUAAUACAAUAUAAUUAAAUCAACUGUUAAUAUUAAUGGUCAUAAACUUUCAAACAUGGUAGCUCUCGAUUAGAGGUACCAACCAACCGCAUGAUUCAUAAGAUGUACUGCUGAAUGCUGAUCGUUUAUGACCAGAGGCAGAAGUGCUUCUAGAAAAAUAGCUCGAUAGAGAAGGAGCUUCUAGAAGGGUUACAUGCAAACUGUACUUUCCCUUUCAUGCAAAAAUGUACUCUCUCUCUCUCACACACUCUCAAUAUUCAACAAUGCGUUGAACUUGCCUUGUCAAUUCAAUAUUUGUCUCUAUGGUUCUUUAAAUUACUGUGUAUUAAUUCAUUCUUGGGUUUCUAUAUACUGAAGUUGCUUAUAUGUUUGCUUAAUUAGGACGUUUCCUAAUAUAUAUAUAUUGUCUUAUAAAAAUAUAUAUAUAUAUAUUUUGUGCUUAAUUAUAUAUAUGCAUUCGGGAAUCGAGACAAGAAAAUGUUUAACUAAUCAAAAGUACGAAGGUAAUACUUCUCAAUUAGCGAGUUUAAACUUGCAUGACAACAUUAAUCCAAUCGUCUAGCUGGCCUAACACCAAAUCAAACUUGAUGAAGCGGAAUGUUAUAACCGGGCUGCUCAAUUAAUAUGAUAUUGUCCGUUUUGGGCCAAAUUCGUACGGAUUUACUCUUGGGUGUCCUUCCCAAAAGGCCUCGUACUAAUGAGCUUGGUGGACACUAAUAUACAAGGGUUCCUUCCCUUGUAUUACUGAUGUGGUACUUGGAUUGUCCCAUAACAAUCCUCCCCUCAAGCCAAGGACCACGAACUUUGUGUCCUCUCCUAAGCGAUUAUUUUGAUUCGCCAAACACUUUGUAUCGAUGGGCUUCUCGUUACAAGGAAUUUUAUCAAAUGUAGAACGUCUCUCUUUGAUCUGCUAAACCAGAUGUUAGCCCAGGCGCGGAACUCUCUUUGAUCCGUCAAACAGACGCGGAUCGCAAAUCCUGAGGUCAUCGAAUGAGGGUCCACCAAACUAAUGUCCACCGCCCCGAAGCGAACCAGACUCUGAUACCACUUGUCAUAACUGGGCUGCUCAAACGUAGAUCUCUAAUCCCGAGGUCCACCGAAUGAGGGUUCACCAAACUGACGUCCACCGCCCCGAACUGAACCAGGCUCUGAUACCACUUGUCAUAACCGGGCUGCUCAAUUAGUUAACAAAAAUUGUCCACCAAACUGAUGUCCACUUCCCCGAAGCGAACCAGGCUUUGAUACAGCUUGUUAAACCGGGGUUGCUCCAUUAGUACGAUAUUGUCCGUUUUGGGCCAAGCCCACACGGAUUUACUCUUGGGUGUUCUCCCCAAAAGGCCUCGUACUAAUGAGCUUGGUAGACACUAAUAUACAGGGGUUUCUUCCCUUGUAUCACCGAUGUGGUACUUGGAUUGUCCUAUAACAAUCCUCCCCUCAAGCCAAGGACCACGAACUUUGUGUCCUCUCCUAAGCGAUUAUCUUGAUCCGCCAAACACCUUGUAUCGAUGGGCUUCUCGUUACAAGGAAUUUUACCAAAUGCAGAACUCUCUUUGAUCUGCUAAACCAGAUGGUAGCCCAGAUGCGGAACUCUCUUUGAUCCGCCAAACAUAUGCGAAUCCCGAGGCCACCGAAUGAGGGUCCACCAAACUAACGUCCAACCCCCCUAAUAAUAUAAAUAAUUUAUAGAUGUUAUAUAUUUGUAUUUAUUGCCAUAUAGUUAUAAAACUAGAUAAUUAUUAAUGGUGUUAGUCUAUAUAGCAAUAUAGUUGUAGAAAAAAAUUCGAUAAUACAACGAUGUGGAAAGUGGAAACCAUGGAUGCCCAUACUCCCCGGGUAAGUCAGAAAGAUUAUUUGAAGUGGUUAAGGAAACAAUUCAUAUAUAGCUAAAUGGUGCAGAUGAGUAGUUUAUUUUAUUUGUAGGGUGAGCAUAGGAGUGGGAGACAUGAAGACUGAAAAUAUAUCAUAACAAUUACUUCUGUUUAGUGAGUUCCAUCGAACAAUACAGCUGUUAUAUUGGUGGUAUCUUAUUAUUAUUAUUUUUUUUUGGGUGAAAGUAUCUUUCAUCUCUUUACGCGGAAAUAUCAUAACAAAUUUAUUUCAUACAUGCCCAAGCUUAGCUUAUACCUAGUGCAUCAUAUACAUUUGCUUUCAUACUUUAUUAGAUGCAUUUUCAUAUGAUUCGAUGAAUUAUAAUAACUGGUUAUUAAUUUUUAACUAAAUUGAUCUUAUAAUUUGUGUUUAAAAAAUUAGAUAUUGAGAUUCGCUCAUUAAAUAUUAUAAUAUAAUAUUAUAUUUCAAACUCCAGUUACUUUAUAGUCUAAAUAAUGAAACUAACUAAACAUACGAUAAAUUUUAGAUAAGAGUAACUCUGAUUUACUCUUCGAGUAUUACUAUAUUCCAGAUACUCGUAAUUAGAUUUCUCUAUGAAGACCAUGAAUUAAACGAGUUUGGGGUAUGAUACUAUAUUUUAACCUCUAAUGAAUAAAUCCUAGGCCCCAAUUUUGUAAACCCCAAUCCGAACUUCAAUCUAAUAGAACACUAAAAUUAAUCGUUAAGAUUGGUCAAAAUUUAUCGACAUACAUCUAAUUAUCAUAUUAGUUAAAGUAUACUAUAGUAGUAACUAUACACCUCAACCAUACCAAUCUUAGCCAUAUAUAUUCAUACCAACCCGUCGAACAAGAAUCCCUUCCGGACAUUCCUGAGCUGAAAACAGACGCAAGUUAUGGUGGAUGAAAUUUGUUUUGCUAGUUGGAAUGAUUUUUUUUCUUUUUUGGGUAUCGAUUGGAAUGAAUUCCAAAGUCUUGCUAGUUUAUUCGAAUUCAAUUAUUAUGCCUAACUUGUUCAAUUUGUUAUCAUGUCUCACAAAUCUAUUAAAUUAAUACAAAUAAAUACUAACUAAUCCAGUGAGAUUCUCGUCUAGUUUUUUUGUUCUUAUAUGAUAUUGGAUCUUUCUUCCAGAAAUUCUAAUAUUUUACAGGUAUAGACACACAAUUGGGAAGAAAAGGAAUGAUCAGUGGAGAUGCAAAGUAAAAUCAUUUUCGAGUUUCAAUUACGCAACUUCUCCAUCCUGUAUUUUUUUUUAAAAGAUUAUGAUAGUCUUUCGCAGUAAAUGUCCUAUACGUACUUGUAAAACAAACGUGAUAAGGUGAUUUUCAAGUUUGAUAAGUUUUUAGCAGACAAAACGCUUGAUAAUUUCGACAAGAACAAUAUAAAUUAAGUUUGGCAAUAUACAAUCGAUAAAGAUACACGCAUAUGAGUAUGUGCACAAAGAUGUGUUAAGAAUCAGCUGAUUUCAAUAAGUUAAGGUUUUUUUUAUAGAGAAGUUCGAUAAUAGAUCAUAUACCAUUUACUCACAUUCCCUUCAAAUGAAAGCCACUCAUAUAGACUUAACGUUUGCACAGGACUCCAGGUUAGAAUCUCAGAAACGACACUCGUUUCCCUCCUCUUCCACCCCUCUAGUAGCACUCUUGUUAUAACAUGUUUCUGUCAGGGAAAUAAAAGUUUUCAUAGGUCCAGAUUUCAUGUGUUUAAUUGAACAAAUGAGAAUUAUGUGAUUCGAACAAACGACCUCUCGAUUACAAAAAGGCCCUAUAUUGUAUCAAUCUAUUAGAAAUCAGUUAAUCUCAAUAACUCAAAUUUUGGUGAGAUAUUCAAUUAAUCGAAUUAAGUUCCAUAUACAUAGUUUGGUUGAAUUUGGCAAUAACUCUUAAUCGAACCCAAGCUAGUUAUGCAAGCAAUACAUAGUUGUAGUACUCAAAAGCGUUUAAGCAACAUCGCCAAACCCAGCAUGGCAGUACAACAAACCUCAGAAAAGGUACGACGAUUUUAGUCCAAAAAUUGCAUUGCAAGAAACGAAAACAGAGUUGGCUAGCUUUAGGCUAAUCAAACAUGGAACUUGCUAAUUACUUGUACAAUAAUAAAAAGACCCCGCCGCCGACCCAAUUACACAUAAAAUUCCAUGUCGCUCACCCUCCCCAUCAUCUUCUUACUUUGCAUUUUAAUUAAUUGCAUUAUAAAACAACCACUAAUUUCCUCAACUCCGACCUUAAUUCCAUAGGCUAAUCAUCAUCACCGCAGGUUAUAAUUCGCUAGCGAUAGCUUAAUUAACCCUACUGGCCUCUGAGAGGAGAUCAGAAUAUAUAUAAUUCUCAACUACUACGGCCUCUCUCUCAGCACGACUGAGGGCCAAGGCGUUGAAAUCGUGGGUGUCGAUCGGUUGGAAGGUGUCUGUCUUAUUUUAUUUCUUCUCUUCUUCUUCUUCUUCUGCGGUAAUGUAAUGUAAUACUUAGUCCUAACUAACAACCAUUUUUUCUCUUUAAUUAAUUUUUUCUCUUAUUCUUCUUCCUCCCGCCAUCUCCAUUGUUGUUCUUCCUUUGAAGCGUGUCACCAUUCCUCACCGUUCACCUCCAAGCUACGGCUGUCCUGCCAGGGCUUCCAUGGCCGUGCCAACCACCGCAAAACCCGCUACCUCGAGAUAAGAGCCAGUAACGGAAAGAGCGAGAAACAAGGGAGAGGGGGAGAGAUCCAGUGCGACGCAGCUGCACCAGAAGAGAAGAGAAAGAGAAAAGAAAUGAGAUCGUCGCCGUCCUUCGCGAGGAGCGGCUCCCAGCUCUCCAAUUACAGCCACUCCUUCGACCUCCCCGACGACAAUUACGAGGCCGGACCUGCAGGCAGCGACCGCGACGACCUCGACCUCGGCCACGGAGGAGCAAUGCUGCCGGUUUUCCUCGACGACCUCCGGAGAAACGGCGGCGGUGGGGGCCAGCAGCGGCGGGAGGAGGAGCUGGUGGAGGUCACGCUGGAGCUGGACAGCGACUCCAUCGUCGUCUGCAGCGUCACGCCUCCCUCCGCCGCCGCCACGCCGUCUUCCAAUCACCACUACGGCGGCGGGAGCGAGGACGGAGGACGCAGUAGUACUCAGGGGAACAAGAGCCUGUGGAGGAGCUUGUCGGCGACUUCGAGGAUCCGGCAAAAGUUCGCGUGGCUGAGGUCCGGAUCGUCGCGGACGGCGGCGUCGGAGACCGACGGGGUCGCCAUCACGGCGAGGGACGCGAGGAGGAUACGGGCGAACCUCCAGCGGACGAAGUCGAGCGCGGAGCGGGCGCUGAAGGGGCUGCGGUUCAUCAGCAAGGCGGGUGGCGCCGCCGAGGGAGGAGGAGGCGGCGGCGGCAUCGACGUGGACCAGCUGUGGCGGCGGGUCGAGUCCCGGUUCGACUCGCUGGCCCGGGACGGGUUCCUGGCUAGGGAGGACUUCGGGGAAUGCAUAGGGAUGGUGGAUUCGAAGGAAUUCGCGGUGAGUAUAUUCGAGACGUUGGCGAGGAGGAAAGGGGAGAAGAUGAGCAAGAUAGAUAAGGAAGAGCUGAGGGAGUUCUGGUUGCAGAUUACGGACCAGAGCUUUGACGCCCGCCUUCAACUUUUCUUCGACAUGGCAGACAGCAACGACGAUGGAAGGAUCACAAGAGAAGAGGUCCAGGAGCUUAUAAUGUUGAGCGCGUCGGCCAACAAGCUGUCGAAACUGAAGGAGCAAGCAGAAGAAUAUGCGUCAUUGAUAAUGGAGGAGCUGGAUCCUGAAAAUCUUGGAUACAUUGAGUUAUGGCAGCUAGAAACACUUCUUCUGCGGAGAGACACGUACAUGAACUACAGCAGGCCACUGAGCACAACAAGCGUCAAUGGAUGGAGCCAGAACCUGACCACAUUCAGGCCGCACAACCUGGCCCGCAGGCUCACCUUCAAACUCAGGUGCCUCAUCCUGGAGAACUGGCAGCGAGGCUGGAUUCUGACCCUCUGGAUGACGGCAAUGGCCUGCCUCUUCGCUUGGAAGUUCUCCGUCUACAAAAACAAAGCCGCAUAUCAGGUGAUGGGCAACUGCCUCGCCACGGCCAAAGGCGCCGCCGAGACUCUCAAGCUCAACAUGGCUCUCAUCCUCUUCCCCGUCUGUCGAAACACCAUCACCUGGCUUCGCUCCACCAGGGCCAGGGCCGUCGUCCCUUUCGACGACAACAUCAACUUCCACAAGAUGAUUGCGAUUGCAAUAGCCAUCGGGGUCCUCGUUCACGGAGGCAGCCACUUAGGCUGCGACUUCCCUCGCCUGGCGAAUGCCUCACCGGAGAAAUUCGACCUGAUAGCAUCCGAUUUCAAAGGCGAGAAGCCUACAUAUGGGGAUCUGUUGGCGAGCGUUGAAGGCGCGACAGGGAUCUCCAUGGUGCUGCUGCUGGCCAUUGCAUUCACUCUGGCGACCAGCCAGUUCAGGAGGAAUGUGGUGAGGCUGCCUCCACCUUUCAAUAGGCUGACAGGGUUCAAUGCCUUCUGGUACUCGCAUCACCUUACUUGCCUCGUCUACAUUAUGCUCUUUGUCCAUGGAACCUUCCUCUACUUCGCCACCAAGUGGUACGAGAGAAAUACGUGGAUGUAUAUUUCAGUUCCACUGCUGUUGUAUGUGAUGGAGAGGAGCAUGCGUACCUGCAGAUCAGAGCAUUGCUCUACUAAGAUUCUAAGGGUAUCAGUUUUGCCAGGAGACGUUUUCAGCUUAACAAUGUCAAAACCACAGGGAUUCAAGUACAAGAGUGGGCAGUACAUGUUCCUUCAAUGCCCCGCCAUUUCUUCUUUCGAGUGGCACCCGUUUUCGAUAACUUCGGCACCAGGAGACCCGUACUUGAGUGUCCAUAUCCGGAUAGUGGGCGACUGGACACAGGAGUUGAAGCGAGUUUUCACCGAGGUCAAUGACUCAUCGACCGUCAUUGGUCGAGCUAGAUUCGGCCACCUUGGGAGUGUGGAUCACAGAGGACAGCCAAAGCUCUAUCUGGAUGGUCCAUAUGGGGCUCCGGCACAGGACUACAAGAACUAUGACGUUCUACUCCUUGUGGGAUUGGGGAUUGGGGCUACCCCUUUCAUCAGCAUCCUCAGGGAUCUGUUAAAUAACACCAGAACGACAGACUAUCAAACGGAUUCAAAUACAGAUACAAGUAUAUCAGAUAACAGUUCAAAUAGUUACGCAUCUUCGAGCGCCACAGCUGGGAGCAACGGUAAGAAGAAAGCACAGAGAACCACCAAUGCUCACUUUUACUGGGUUACAAGAGAAUCAGGAUCUUUUGAAUGGUUUAAAGGAGUCAUGGAUGAAGUUGCAGAGAUGGAUCACAAAGGUCAAAUCGAGAUGCACAACUACUUGACAAGUGUAUAUGAGGAGGGAGAUGCAAGGUCAACUUUGAUCACCAUGGUUCAAGCUCUCAACCACGCUAAACAUGGAGUUGACAUCGUCUCUGGCACUAGGGUAAGGACACACUUUGCCAGGCCAAAUUGGAGAGAAGUUUUCACCAAAAUAGCUUCAAAGCAUCCCUUCGCCACAAUAGGGGUGUUCUACUGCGGGAUGCCUAUGUUGGCAAAGGAGCUAAAGAAGCUAUCACAAGAGAUGAAUCAUAAGACCACGACCAGAUUCGAGUUUCACAAGGAAUAUUUCUGAGACAAACAAGCAACAUCAUGGUUUCCAAAAUUGUUAACCCCUGUUGCCGGGAAAAAAGAAAUUCUUUUCUUUUUGUAAUUAAUAAUUUAAAUAAUUUGGAAAGCGCGAUAUAAGAGAGAGAUAUAUAUGUAUACAUAUAAAUUGUUACCAGAACUCAGGGAAAUGUAAAUCAAGUCACAUUCAGAACAGCUUUUUGCAAUGGUAUAAAGUAUAAACUGAAAGAGAAAAAUGGUUACUUUGUUUGUAUAUAUGUGAGUACUACUAGUAGCUACAACAUGUUUGAACUACCUCGACAGCAGACAGCUAGCUAGCUAGCUACUAGCAUAUUGAGAAAUGAAAAUGGAUCAGUACAAGUCAAUGAAGGGGAAAUUGUAGCUCUCAAGGAAGUUGCUCAAUCAUGAGGUUGACUUAGUUGGGCUGCUAAUUAGAUAAGACUAAUUAUUAUGGAGAAAGGAGGAGUAUUUUAGUUUCAGCACCUACCCAGGUAUACCUCUACAGCAUUGCAAAUCAAGUUUUUUAUUUGGAAGUGAAAACAUGACAUUAAAGAGAGAAUCUCAGACGAUUAAAUAACCUAGAGUGGCGGGAGGCACAGUCAAUUCAUGCGCAAGACUUCAUCUUUCAAUAAAACAAGUUCUGAAACAGGGGAGUUUUAGAGGGUUGACAUGUUUUUAUCUCUGAGUUACCUACCAUAAACGGUAAUAUAACUUCUGUACUUGGAUGAGCAAAAUUUUGACAAAAUACCCGGGGCUGUUAACCUAGAAAUGUAGUAAAUACAAAUUCUGACAGUUGAAGUUCUUCCCUACUUGCUAAAUGAACAUCUGAGACUUUUAACGAUCCAUAGCAUGAUUUUGCAUUAGCUUCACAUGAGUACAUCAAGUGAAAUCGUGUCAAGAAAUACGAACUCUAAAUUUCAUCAACUUUGUCUCACGAAUUACAGAUAAUGAAGCCUUACUGGUGUCAGUCAGUCAUCUUUCAACCUCUUAAGAAGCCUAGAAGCCCAGAUACGGACACGCCUCUUGAACCUAUAACCAGUCACGAUUCCAGCAGCAAAGAAAAGCAAGCAGAGCUUGGAGCAGGUCCACGCAGACACCAUGUUCCUGCUAUCGUACAAAACAAGAAACAUCUGAUCUCAGAAAGCUUGAAAAUAUAGCAUGCUGCAAAGA